AGUCAGGCAAUGAUGGCGAGCGCUAUCAGGCUAAUCAACAGAAACAUUUUAAGACCAAGAACUGGACAGCAGUACCUGGCGUUCAGUUCUGUAAUCCAUGUCAAAACGGCUGGUUUAAGAGCAGGGAUUGCUCUUCCUGAAAAAGUGAAAAUAGUGGAAGUGGGACCCCGAGAUGGUCUUCAGAAUGAAAAGACUGUUGUUCCAACUGAAACAAAAAUUAAUUUGAUCAACAUGUUGUCAGAGUCAGGACUGCCAGCCAUUGAGGCCACCAGCUUUGUGUCUCCUAAAUGGGUUCCACAGAUGGCCGACCAGGUGGAAGUGAUGCAAGGUAUUAGUAAGAAACCAGGAGUGUCCUAUCCGGUCCUCACCCCUAAUCUCAAGGGUUUCCAGGCUGCUGUAAAGGCAGGAGCCUCAGAGGUGGCCAUAUUUGGUGCUGCGUCGGAGCUGUUCAGUAAGAAGAACAUUAACUGCUCCGUGGAGGAGAGUUUACAGCGCUUUGACGACGUUAUGAGGGCAGCUAAGGAGGCGGCUGUGCCAGUAAGAGGUUAUGUCUCGUGUGUCGUUGGAUGUCCUUAUGAAGGCAAGGUGGCACCUGAAAAAGUCGCAUAUGUAGCUAAGCGUUUGUACUCAAUGGGCUGCUAUGAGAUCUCUUUGGGUGACACCAUUGGAGUGGGGACUCCUGGUAGUAUGACUGAAAUGUUAGAAGCUGUGAGCAAAGAGGUACCAGUCAGUGCCUUGGCUGUGCACUGUCACGACACUUAUGGCCAGGCUCUGGCUAAUAUCCUCGUAGCCUUACAGAUGGGAAUCAGUGUUGUAGACUCGUCAGUAGCUGGACUGGGUGGCUGUCCGUACGCCCAGGGGGCUUCUGGGAAUGUUGCAACUGAAGAUGUUGUUUAUAUGCUGCAUGGACUUGGGAUUCAAACAGGAGUGGAUCUCCAGAAGCUGAUGGAUGCUGGAGCUUUCAUCUGUCGAACCCUCAACAGAAAGACCAGCUCCAAAGUGGCACAGGCUACCUGCAAACUGUAGAGAAAAAAAUAGUUAUUUCAUACUUUUAUAUAAUACUUCAUUGUUAUUUUACUGAUUUAUCUUCUUACAGGUUGUGAUUACUUUAAUCACUAUGUGAUAUCAGUGCUGGAGUUAUGCCUUUUGUAAAGUCGGGCAAAUUCUUAGGAUUUCAUCUGUCAAAGGCUCUGUUGAUAAGUGUUGUAAAGGUUACGUUCUUGUCGGUGGAAAAUAACAGGUUUUGUUCAGAUUCAUCUUUAAAAAUGUUUUAUUGAUAAAGUAGUUAAUUUUGGACAAGACAAAAGUGUUCUUUUAUUUAAUUUUAUUUCUUUCUUUUCCUAUAUUAAUCUGUGAAAACCAUUGGUCUUUAUAAAUGUUGGCGUUGAUGGCAUUAUGUAAAAAGUUUUGUAUUUUUGUGUCCUAAUAUGCACUUUGAUAGAUUAUUUAUUUUUAAAUGCAUUAUAAAAUCUACCAAAUCUAAAACUUUGAAGUUUUAAAAGUAAAAACAAUUCCACAUAAAAA